AUGAGCAACCAAACUUCAGUGACUGAGUUUCUUCUCUUGGGAUUCUCUGGUGUUCGGGAGCUGCAGCUGUUACACUUUCUGGUGUUUCUAGUUCUUUAUCUGGCAGCCCUGAUGGGGAAUAUUCUCAUCAUCACAGUCAUAGCCCUUGACCAUCAUCUUCAUACCCCCAUGUACUUUUUCCUCCUCAACUUAUCCUUCAUAGACCUCUGCUACAUCUCUGUCCCCAUUCCUAAAUCCAUGGUCAAUUCACUAACCAACUCCAAGACAAUUUCUUAUUCUGGGUGCCUCACCCAAGUCUUUCUCUUUCUCUUAUUUGCUGUAGCUGAGCUCAGCUUCCUCACUGUCAUGGCAUAUGAUCGAUAUGUCGCCAUCUGCCAACCUCUUCAUUAUGAGACUAUAAUGAACAGAAGAGCUUGUGUCCGAAUGGCAGCCAGUGCAUGGCUCAGUAGUAUUCUCAGCUCUGCACUACACACUGGGACCACAUUUGAAUUAACCUUCUGUGGAGGGAACGUGGUGGAUCAGUUCUUCUGUGAAAUCCCCCAGCUACUCAAGCUCACCUGCUCUGAGACAUAUCGCAGAGAAUCUGGGGCAAUUGUCUUUAGUGCUUGUUUAGCUUUAAGCUGCUUUGUUUUUAUAAUUGUAUCGUAUGUUCAGAUCUUCACCACGGUGCUGAGAAUCCCCUCUGAGCAGGGCCGGCGUAAAGCCUUCUCCACCUGCCUUCCUCACCUCUUCGUGGUUUCCUUGUUCCUCUGGACUCUUACUGUUGCCUACCUGAAGCCCACCUCCAGCUCAACAACAGUCCGGGAUCUCAUGGUAGCUGUUCUCUAUUCCGUGGUGCCUCCAAUGAUGAAUCCCAUCAUCUACAGCAUGAGGAACAAGGAGAUCCAAGCUGCCCUGAGGAGACUGAUAGCAGGGAGAUUAUUCACCAUGAAUAUAAAGUCCAUAGUUCUCCCUUGA